CGUAACUUCCGGUUAUUAUCAAUCACAAGAUUCUGAAAGACCGGCAGGAAAAUACCACAAAAUGAGUGGUGGUUACGCAAAUGAGAAGCCUCCGUCCUCGACUGGUAGCGCUGAAGGAGAACUUACCGCAGAUCCAGCAAGUAGUGGAUUCUUUAAUACUGACUUUAAACGACAUGAAGAUUUGAAGACAAUGUUAGACAGUAAUAGAGACAACCAGAAACUUGAAGCCAUGAAAAGAAUUGUAGGGAUGGUUGCCAAAGGGAAAGAUGCAUCAGAUCUGUUUCCAGCUGUGGUAAAGAAUGUAGUUUGUAAAAAUCUUGAGGUAAAGAAGUUGGUUUACGUCUAUCUGACCAGAUAUGCAGAAGAACAACAAGAUUUGGCUUUAUUAUCCAUCAGUACAUUCCAAAGAGCAUUGAAGGAUCCUAAUCAGCUGAUCAGAGCCAGUGCACUUAGAGUUUUGUCAAGUAUUCGUGUACCAAUGAUUUCACCUAUCAUGAUGCUGGCUAUAAAGGAAGCAGUCAAUGAUAUGUCACCCUAUGUCAGGAAGACAGCAGCUCAUGGCAUUCCUAAACUGUACAGUCUUGAUCCAGAGAACAAAGAACAGCUUGUUGAAGUCAUUGAAAAACUUUUAGCUGAUAAGACUACACUUGUAGCAGGUAGUGCUAUCCAGGCCUUUGAGGAAGUGUGUCCGGAAAGGAUAGAUUUGAUCCAUAAGAACUAUCGUAAACUCUGUAACUUGUUGGUGGAUGUAGAAGAAUGGGGUCAAGUUGUAAUUGUUAAUAUGUUGACAAGAUAUGCCAGAACUCAAUUCAUCAACCCUAAUAAAACUGAUAGUUCCAAAGAAAAUAAAAGUUUUUAUGAAGAUUCUGAAAAAGAAGAAGAGGAGGAGGAGGAACGAGAAAAGAAAGAACCAACUUACGUCAUGGACACGGAUCAUCGACUCUUACUGAGACAGGCUAAACCAUUACUGAAUAGUAGAAAUUCUGCUGUUGUCAUGUCAGUAGCUCAGCUUUAUUACCAUUGUGCCCCAAAGGCAGAAGUAGGAGUUGUAGCUAAAUCAUUGAUCAGACUACUUAGAAGUCACAAAGAAGUACAGUAUAUAGUCCUGAGUAACAUAGCUACCAUGUCUAUUGACAGGAAGGGAAUGUUUGAACCAUUUUUAAAGAGUUUUUAUAUAAGAUCUAGCGACCCAACUCACAUCAAAUUGUUAAAGUUGGAAAUUUUAACAAAUUUGGCAACAGAAACCAACAUUUCUACGAUUCUGAGAGAACUGCAGACAUAUGUGACCAGUAACGACAAGGAAUUUGCAGCAGCUACCAUUCAGGCUAUAGGGAGGUGUGCCAGUAAUAUAGCAGAAAUAACAGAUACCUGUCUAAAUGGACUAGUCCAUUUAAUGUCUAAUAGGGAUGAGAGUGUAGUAGCAGAAAGUGUGGUUGUUAUCAAGAAACUUUUACAGAUGCAGAGAAACAAAGGGUCACGGGUUCAUCCUUACAGUUUUGCGCCAAGUGAACAUAAGGAUAUAAUAAAGCACAUGGCUAAGAUGGUAGACACAAUCACUGUACCUAUGGCUAGAGCUAGUAUUCUGUGGUUGAUUGGAGAAUACAGUGAAAGAGUACCUAAAAUAGCUCCUGAUGUUCUCAGGAAAAUGGCCAAAACUUUCAUUAAUGAGGAGGAUAUAGUGAAAUUACAGAUAAUUAACUUAGCUGCCAAACUGUGUAUUACCAACCCUAAACAGACCAAACUACUGUGUCAGUAUGUGUUCAAUCUAGCCAAGUACGAUCAGAACUACGACAUUAGAGAUAGAUGUAGAUUUCUGCGUCAAAUGAUUUUACCAGGAGAAAAACCAAGUGCUCUAGCAAAGUAUGCUAAAAAGAUUUUCCUGGCUACUAAACCUGCACCUGUGUUGGAAUCAAAGUUUAAAGAUCGUGAACAGUUUCAACUGGGUACCCUGUCCCACAUACUGAACACCAGAGCUACAGGCUACCAAGAAUUACCAGACUGGCCUGAAGUAGCUCCAGAUUCCUCUGUUAGAAACAUGGAACUACCAAGUCUGUUUGAUGAACCAUCCAAACCUAAAGUCAGAGAUAGAAAGAAAGUAGUCAAGAAAGAAAAAUCUUUUUAUUCUGAUGAGUCUAGUUCAGUUGAUGAAACAGAAUCGAGUGAGGAUGAGGAUAGUGAUGAAGAAAGUGAUGAUGAAGCAGAAAGUGACAAUGAAGAUGUAGAUGAAAGUUCAGAUGAAAAGUCAUCAUCAGAAGAAGAGAGUGAAGAGGAAGAUUCAGAUUUAGAUGAAAAACUGGCUAAAUUUACUGGAAAGAAAAAGGAAGAAGUUAAAGUUAAACGCCCUGUAGAAAGUGAUGAAUCCUUGGAUGAAGAUUCUGAUGAUGAGGAUAGUUCAGUGGAGGAUAGCGAUGAAAGUGAGGAGGAAGUCAAACCAAAGUAUAAACCCCAGCCAAAGAAACAACCAAAGACAAAAGAAAAAGAGAUUUCUAAGAAGAAAGAAGAUUUACUGUUAGAUUUAGAUGAUGCAUUUGGACCUAAUGGGGCAUUGACCAGUUCAACAGGAACACCAGGGGACAUGUUGACACCCAGUAUGGCUGGUAGCCUAAGUAAUAUGUCUAUUAGUGAUAAAGGAAUGUCAGCAACUAGUAGUAUGAACUUUGUACAGCCUACCCAGAUUGUACCAAAAACUUAUGAGUUACUGAACAAGAUAUCAGGAAAUGGAUUAUGUGUAUCAUAUAAGUUUACAAGGACUAUAUCUGUCUUUUCUCCAAAAAUGGUGUCUAUAGAACUAGUGUUUACUAAUAAUAAAGAUGAUGCAAUAUCUGCCAUCAAAAUCGGUGACAAAAAACUCCAGCCUGGGAUGGAAAUACAAGAUUUCCCUGAAAUAGAUUCACUAGGGGAUGGAGCUACAACAACUGCUGUUUUUUCUAUAAACUUUAACGACACAACACAACCUGCCAAAUUUGACUUAUGUACUAUGGACCAAAAAUUUAAUGUUAGCAUUACAGCACCUGUUGGAGAACUCUUACAGCCUCAUACAAUGAGUGAAGGAGAAUUUACUUCACAACAAGGUAAACUUGGAGGAAUGAAUGAGAAUUCAGGAAUGGUAAAAGUUCCAGAAAACAAACGUGAUUCUACCAGCAUAUGUAAAUGUGUACACACAGUUGCGAAUGUGAUACAAAUCCCGUCACAAAGUACACAACUUUACCAGUUUGCUGCACAGACUGUAGCUACUAAUACUUUGACAUUAAUUAGUAUCAAAAAGACUGAUGACUCAGCUAAAGUGACAGUUAAUUGUGAAAAGAUGGUUAUAGGCUCAAUGUUGUUCAAAGACCUAAAGUCAAUUUUUGUAAAAGAGUAGCUCAUGUUACAAGAGUGAAGUCUUUGACAGAGUAGCUUAUGUUACAAGAGUAUUGCCUUUGAUAGUAUUGAUGUCUCAUUCUGUUGGAUUUUAUAUGUAAAUUUGUUUGCAUUGUUUCCUUCACAUAUUGAUGUACUGUAAUCAAAUUGUGUUUUGAAAGAAAAAAAACCUUGUGUUUUACGAGCAAUUCUAUAUUGAUAAAAUGGAAACGUCUAGUUGUUCAAUGUAAUUGACCCAGAAACAUGCUUACAGAGAUGGUGUAUCUUUUUAACAUUUAAAUUGGAUGUCUUUUUUAUGUGUCACAAAAUAAUUCAUAUUAUAUAUAUUGCAUGUGGACCGUUGUGGUGUUGUUGCUGAUAGAUACAUUAAAGCUGGGGAAUAACUAUUGAUAAAUCUUACCAAACCAAAUUUCAAUUAAUGUGUUUGAAUAUCAAGCUGUGACUGUUUGAUAAUGCAUAAGAACUGUUUAAAAUUUAAGAAAUGCAUUUUAUUGUAUCAUUGCAAGUGUAGACAUUAUUCAUCAUGAGUUUGAGCAGUCCUGACCCUUAACAAGAGCACAAAAUAAAACCUGUCUUUAAAACAGAAAUUAGAGCAGUAUAUGUAAUUGCUCACUAUUGAACAGAACAUUUCGUUUUAACAUACACAUGACAUAUAUUCAUUCGUAUCCCUUCUAGAUGUCAUAAUUAAGAUAAUUUAUUACAUAGAUAAACAAUCAGUGCUAUAUUAUGUGCAAUAUGUUGAAAAGUUUCCAAAAUUAAAUUCAUUUAUUUAUA